AUGGUGUCGGCCAAGGACUUGGACGCGCAGCUGCGGGCGCUGCGGGCCAAGGCGCAGGACGAGGAGCGCGACUGGGUGGAGCAGGGCUGCAAGCUCUACGAGUUCGAGGAGAAGUUCCUGCGCGACACGCUGCUCGAGGGCAACGUGCUCACGGGCUGGGGGGAGCCGCGCACGGCGCCCGUGCGGUUCCGGAACGCUGGCGUGCGCAAGCGCAAGAGGGAGCGGCAGGAGGCGGCGGCGGAGCGCGCGGGGAAGCCCGCGGGGCCGUCGACGCCCACGCUAUCGGCCGAGGAGCAGCUCAAGGUGGACCGCCACCGCCUGGCGUCCUAUUCGUCGGUGCAGUCGCCCGCGGAGCCGCUGCACGCGACGCUGGAAGAGCGCGGACGGAAGCUGGUGGAGGCCAGGAACAAGAGGCUCAAGAAGCCGCAGCCAGCAGCAGCUACAGCCACAACCACAGCCACGGCUGCUGCCAAGUAG